AUGGUCGAACACAGCGUCAGCGUUCACGCGGGCAAAGAUGGCAACUUUCGCCGUCAGGACUCCACGUUCCGUAACACCAUCUCCAAGGACGGCCCGCACCAACCAGAAAAGGGCCGUUACAUCCUCUACUGUGGACUCAUUUGCCCUUGGGCUAGCCGCACACUGCACACACGAGCACUCAAGCAGCUUGAGGACUUUAUUGAUGUGGCCAUCGUACACUAUUCUCUGACGCCCAACGGAUGGUCAUUCUCGGUGACGGAUCAGGUCGAGACGGGCGACCCGCUGUAUGGGUUGGAAAACACCAAGCAGCUCUAUUUGAAAGCUGACCCCGAUUAUACGGCCAGGUACACAAUUCCCAUUCUGUGGGACAAGAAGCUCGAGACGAUUGUCAAUAACGAGUCGUCCGAGAUCAUCCGUAUCCUCUAUACCGCAUUCGACGACCUUCUGCCGGCCGACAGUCCGGCAAAGGGCAAGACGUACUACCCAACCGACAAUCCCGAGGCGAUCCGAAAGAUCGAUGAGCUGAACGGCUGGAUCUACAACGACAUCAACAAUGGCGUGUACAAGACCGGCUUCGCUACGACGCAGGAAGUAUACGACAAGGAGGUCGACAAUCUCUUUGCGGCGCUGGAUCGACUGGAGAAGCUCCUGUCUGAUGGCAGGGAAUUUCUCGUUCCCGAGGUCGGACUGAGCGAUGCUGAUAUUCGCUUGUACCCGACUCUGGCCAGAUUCGAUACGGCGUAUCACAAUCUGUUCCGCUGCAACGUUCGGAUGAUCCGACACGAUUACCCGCACAUCCACCGAUACCUUCGCCAGCUCUACUGGAACGAAAGGGCCUUCAGCGACUACACCAACUUUGAUCACAUCAAAAAGGGCUACUCGGGAGUCGGAGCGAACAAGGGGAUCGAGCCUAGGGGUCCACUACCUCACAUGUUGCCUUUGGACGCUUGA